AUGGAAUGUCGUAGGUCUGAUUGGAAUAUGGCAGAGAAUAAUUUACAAGAUAUGGGCUUUCACAUAGAUGAUUCACCAUUACGUGACUUAUUUGAUAACGGCGCUGCUCAGUAUCUUAUUGAUGCCUACACUAACAGUAUUAUAAAUGAUCUUGGUGAUGAUACAAUAGAAAAAUUGACACCACAUCAAACAAUAUUUAUUAAAGAACGAUUGAAAGGAUUAUAUGCCUUCCUCAAAAAUCAUCCAGCAUUAAUGGACAGACGAUUAAAAGUCGGCUCCAAAAAACCCACCAUACCUAACCAAACGCUAAGACCCAAUGAUCACGAAAAAAGAACGUUUCAACAUUUUACCGCACAGUCAGUAUGUCCAUCUUCGACCAAUUGGAGACUACUGAGAUAUGCACGUGAUAUGAAUGAUACAGAGGUCGAAGUGUUUCAACCUACAGAAGGCAAUGAAGGCUUUCAAUGGUUUUACACCGUAUCCUGUAAUGAACAACAUAAAGUAAUGACAAACCCUGUAUGUCCUGGAUGUUGUAGAGGUAUCAACAGAAGACGAGUUCAGAGAAAGCGCGGUAAGGUAGCCGAUGCAGUGUGUGAUUUGAGAUUGUCGAAUUCCCGAGCCCGGGCGCUUCUAUUUUCUGUAGCUAGAUUAUUUAAACUUUUAAAAAAACAAAAAUACGCCUUGGAGAUAGACCUGUUUUUCUUUACAUAG